UGAACGUGAAGACAGAAAAGAUACUCCCAGAUCUAAAGCUAGAAGAUCAAGUACUGAAACAUGUCAUGAACCAGAAGAUAGAAAAGACACUGCCAGAUCUAAAGCUAGAAGAUCAGAUACUGAAACAUGUCACGAACUAGAAGAUAGGAAAGAUACUCGCAGAUCGCACGUUAGAAAAUCAGAUCCUGAAAAGUGUCACAAACCAGAAGAUAGAAAACAUACUUCCAAAUCAAGAGCUAAAAGAUUAGAUUCUGAAAGAUGUCAUGAAGAAGAAGCUAGAAAAGAAUCUUCCGAAUCUAGAGCUAGAAGAUCAGAACCUGAAAUGAGUCACGAACAAGAAGAAGAUAGUUCAUGUGCUGAAAUGCCAGAUCCUUGUCAGAAGCCAAAAGAAGUGACCUCCUCUUUCACCGAUACUAUGCAAGAGGAAUUCAUGUCUAUUCAAAAAGUUUUACAAGCUUUUGGGAAAGAAUGUGCAGUGUUACAUGAUAGUGGCACACAAACAGAAAAAUGUGGUCGUCCAGGUAAAGGUAAACAGAAGACUAUGUUGUGCAGUCUAAGCACACAAACUGAUUUGACUUAUCAAGAUAUUGAAACUGUUUAUGGAGGUGUAAAAUUGCUGUGCAGUAUUGGAACACAAACAGAAUCAAAACGACAUUGUAAACCAACUAAACAAGCUGUUAAAGAAGAACCUGAUGUGUCAUCGGAAAACAAAAUUCAACGACAAAGAUUAGAAUCUCAGCUCACUGAUUCAGAUGAACAAAGUCACAAAAUGGAAGAUAGGGUGCAAUCCAGCAGAGAAGAUCAAAGAGAAAGACUCAAAUCUGAACUUACUGAUUCAGAUCUAGCUAUCGUUUGGAGAAAUGAAAGGUUAUCAAGUGAUGGUUCUGUACAAAUAAUGGACGUGCAAUUCCACACUGAUUCAGAUAAUGUCGACCUCAACAAAGGCUUCACGGUGCAAGAUGAUGAUUUACAAAUAAAAAGACAAAGAUCUUUUGAUUCAGAUGACCAGUUGUCCAGGAAAGUUAGCAAGCUGUCAGCUGAUGUAGGUAUACAAACAAAACAACUAAAUUCCACUUCAGAUACAUCUAUUCAUAGAGAAAGAAGUGAUGCAAUUGUUCAAACAAAAGAAACAAGGCUUCCUACCUUUGAAUCAGAUAAAGAUUAUGUUCAGCAGAGCAGAGCUUUACUUAAUGAUGCCAGCACUCAAACCAUGGAAUCAGGUGGAAAGGAAGUUGAGCAGAGUGAUGCCAGUAUACAGACAGAGAUGCAAAUACCACAGCUUGAUUCAGAUGAACAAACUUUUCAGCAGCAGCAGCAUGAACCGGGACUGGAAAACAACCUACAAAUGGAUCUUUGCAAUUUGUCCAAUACUGAAUCUGGUGUUGCUGAUGUAAUCUUCUUUGAAAAGGAGCAAUGCCCAUGUAAAAUGCCAAAGAUUAACAAGGACAAAAUAAAAUGGACUAUAAUUACUCCAAGUAUUUCAGGAAGUGGAAACAGGAUAUUUAGAAUCAUCCUGCCAGGAAAAGGUCUUUAUGAAUGUGCUGCAACCAGUCUGAGAUGGGUCGCAAAAUCAUGUACUACAAUAACUUACCAAUAUUGUUCCUGGAGCGAAUACAUUUCUGAUAUGCAAAGGGAAUGUUGGAUAAUUGGAAGUCCACUGUUCAAUAUUAAUGUCCAGACGGGCAAUGUUGUGGCUGUUUACCUUCCUCAUUUCAUUUGUGAGACAGGUACAGCAGAACCAAUGCAAUCUAUCACAUACAAUAUUGCCUGUCUCAGAAAUAAUAUUUUCGUCCUGGAAACCCCAUCAGAAGUCUCUUUGUCCCAUGCUGUACUGAGAGAUCAACCGCUUUCCAUCAUGGGUGUCAUCGUAUGUCAUGUUUGCCAGGUGGCAGUGCAUGCGAUUAUAUUAAUAUAUCAAACACUCCGAGCUGAUUUAUCAAAUUUUCACGUAUACAUGCUACCAAAUGAUGCAGCAUUAAUACAGGAAGUUGACCUCCAAGAAAAAGAAAUAAGGUCACUGAAAAUUCAAAGAUCCGGACAAAUAAUAUCUCUUAAUUAUGGUAAAAAGUAUAAGUUGACAUCUUUUGGAAAUGUAACUAUUACUCCAGUGGAUAUAAAAUUCUGCUACUUCAGGUAUAAUCAAAAGCAACCAUUCUAUGAUGUCAACUGCAUGGAUAUGAAGUACAAUAUUAAAUUGAGUUUGACAGAAAGAAACAAAAUCAGUGUUUUAUGGGAAAUUCUGGUAAGACCAGAUAUGUUUAAAAAGCUAAAGAAAGGUGUGGACUUUGUUCAAAGACACAAAAAGGAAAUUAUUUGUUGUCUUAAAAUAUCUCAACCAAUUUGGUCACAUUUGCGAACCAAAAAGGUCAUUAGCAUAGAUGAAGAACGUGAAGUUGCCUCUCACAUUACAGAAGCGCAGCAGAAUAGAGCCCUUGUUCAACUAAUAAUGAAUCGGGGAGAAGAAGCAGAAGAAGAACUGUACAAUGCGCUACUGGAAAAUGAUCCUUACUUUGUGAAUGAUAUGGAAUGUAAUUAUUCAGAUAAAUUAUGCAACAACUGUAUAAGGCGAUGGAGUUUAACUUCUUUACAGGAAGAUAACUUAUCUGUACAGGAAACAAAUAACAGGAUUGUAAGAAAGUUGCUAACUCGUUUGUGUUUUGUAGCUAGUGGUAUGAUUGCAGGCUAUCUGCUUGGCUACAACUUUUCAUAGAUGCUGUUCUUUACAGAAUGACACCACAGUAUAUCCUGAAGCUCUCUGAAGAUGAGCUUUUCCAUCCCAAACAAAAAUACUGUUCUUUAUAAUUUUAUCUGAACAUAUUCCUCUAGUUUCCCCUCCGCACUAAGAAAUUCAUUACUUAAUGUGAUACAACAUUUUAAAGCUGCUCUGUCAACAGUGGUCAUUAUUUAUGUUUACUUUCUGCAGAAAUAUGGGAAAAUCAUUUGCCUUUCAUUGCAUUGUAAUUUUUAUUUCCCUCAUUCCCUGACCAGUUAUAAAUAUUCAGUUUAAUUUUUAUUGUUUAUGAACUCAACUGCAGUGAUGUCUGUUUCAUGACACUAAGCAUUCAUAACAUUUUACCAAGUACAAUAAAUGUGCAACAAAAAUUAAAAUCUCAUUCCAUUUUGAGUUACUUGUAAUGUAAAUAAAAUUAUAUCCCUCAUUUUA